AUGGGCAUCUGCGUGUCGUGCGACGCGGCGGACGAGGGCGCCGCAGCGGCGAGGGUGGUGCUGCCCAGCGGCGAGCUCCGGGAGUACGUCCCACCGGCCACCGCCGCGACGGCGCUGCAAGCGGCCGGCGGCGAGGGGGCGUCGUGGUUCCUCUGCGACGCCGACGGGAUCGCGUUCGAGGGGGGACCCGUCGCCGUGGCCGCGGUCGCCCCCGGGGAGGAGCUCCAGGCGGGGCAGAUAUACUUCGUGCUCCCCGCCGAGAUGCAGCGCCGCCGCCUCACCCGCGACGAGGUCGCCGCGCUCGCGGUCAGGGCCAGCUCGGCGCUCGUCAAGGCCGCGGCCGCGGCCGCCGCCGCCCAGCCGUCCUCGCCAUGCCGCCGCCGCCGCCACGGCGCGGUGGCGCCGCUCGUGUUCCCGGUCCCCGAGGAGGAGUACGCGGCGGCCGACGCGGUCUGCUCGCCCGUCGCGGCGAAGCCUGCUGUGGUGGCGGCGCAGAAGCGGAGGGUGGCGUACCGGGGCGGCAGGGCGUCCAGGUUCUCCCCCGACCUGACCGCUAUCCCGGAGAGCGAGUAG